UAUAUUUUAAAUCAACACGACACACGUGCGUUUAUAGUGUUUUGUAAUUUAGUUAUAAGAUAUUUUGUAAACUAAAUUAAAAUGAAAGUUCUAUCAGAAACUCGAACAAGAGUUCUAUUUGAAAAAUUGACUAAAUAUAUUGGUGUAAACGUGAAACUUUUAAUAGACAGGCCGGAUGGAACAUAUUGCUUUAGAGAAAAAAAGGACAGAGUUUAUUAUAUAUCUGAAAGGUUAUUACAACUCGCACAAACAGUCAAACCUGACCAUUUAAUAUCCGCCGGUACAUGUUUUGGAAAAUUUACUAAAACGAAUAAGUUUAGGUUACAUAUAACAGCAUUGACGUAUAUAGCACCGUAUGCACCUUAUAAGAUAUGGGUGAAGCCAUCGGCUGAACAACAGUUCUUGUAUGGAAACCAUGUUAUUAAGAGUGGACUAGGAAGAAUAACAGAAAAUACACCAAAACAUCAAGGUGUAGUUAUAAACACAAUGUCAGACAUACCAAUAGGUUUUGGUGUAGUAGCAAGAUCAACUACAGAGUGUAGACAUGCAGAUCCACUGGCGACUAUAGCAUUCCACCAAGCUGAUAUUGGAGAGUACAUAAGAUCGGAAGAUACUUUGGUUUAAAAUAAAUUUAGAUUGAUAUAA